GGAAGAGUCACUGUUGCUUGUGACUUGUUGGAGAGCCAUGAGUGAGAACCCUCUGAUAUCAGACGAGACACAAGUUUAACCAAGCGUCACAUUAUGGCCUUUCUUGGGGUUUUAUUAAUGCUAUUAAUGCCUCUUGCAUGGAGCUGCCCUCCCCAAAAAGCAGACUAUGUCAUGGUGUCAUGUUUCCCCAACACCAUCAUCGCCAACGUCCCAGAGUGUCCGUACGGCUGGGAGAUCGACCAGUUGUCCCUGGGAGGCGUCUGUUAUAGUGGGAUACACAGCUCGGGCUACUACCGCUUCAUUAUCCCAGACCUAACGCCGAAGAACCACUCGUACUGUGGCACACAGUCGGAGUACAUGUCCGGCAAGGACCCCAAAUAUGUCUUCUAUAACUCCAUCGUGUCCAAUGACACCUCGCUCACCGUCAGGAACCAGCCAGUCAACUACACCUUCAGCUGCAUGUACCGAGCAGCCCACCUGGUAAACAACGCCGUGUUCAGCCAAAGUGUUUUUACUAAACCCUCUGCUUUUUCCAGAGUGGCUACAGUUUAUGUCAACAAUGGGAGUUUAGGCACUUUUAGAUCACAGUUGUCUAUGAACGUGUUCACGAAUUCAAAGUUCCUGUACACCAAGGAUUCUCCCUAUGUCAUCGAUACGUCUGAGAUUGGCUCGGAGGUUUUUAUCGGGAUUGAAGCAAAAGGACUAAGUAGCAGAUUCAAAGUCGUAAUAAACAACUGCUGGGCGACACCUACACCAUACUCGACGGACAGGAAGAGGUGGAGUCUAAUUAUUAACAGCUGCUCCUCUGACAACACUGUGACUAUUUAUGAGAACGGCAAAGACAGCCGCUCCAUGUUUAAGUUCAACUCUUUCCGCUUCCAGCGGCUGGAGAAGGUGUCCACCGUGUGGCUCCACUGCGAGGUCCACGUUUGUGAUGGAGAGCGGUUUGCCUGUCAGCCGAGCCCUUGCUUUGUGAGAAGAAGUGUGUCAUCUGAGGCAGAGUUAAGUGGGGGGAUCCUCACUACUGAGUUUUACUUUAAAGCAGGUAAAGGACCUGCCAAUAACGGAUACAUACAAGACGCCUCACUGUUCAUCCUGCUGGCUCUCCUGGUAAAUCCAUGUUGUGAUUUACUAAAUGGAUUAAUAAUGUAACAACUCUCUCUCUCUCUCUCUCUCUCUCAGUCUUAUAUAUUAAUUUACAUACAAAUACUCCGCAAGGGUGUGAUCACAUUCUCCCCCCCACUUUCAAAUGAAUGAUUGAACUGAUUAUCACACAGGUAUUAUUGUAACUAGCACAUUUAUUGAUGCUUGAGAUAAAAUGUUACAUACUGCUGUCUAAUAAAGGUGAAUUCAAAAUUAAAACACAUUAAGACGUUUGUGCAA